CGACAGUAGCGUGGUCUAGUAGGCGCAGACUCGAUGUAUAAAAAAGUAGUAGUAGUAGUAGUAGCUAGCCGUAUGUUGAUCCUUUUUCAGGACUCUAAGCUCUCUUUUCCUCUUAUUUUACAUUUAGUUAAGUUUGUUACUCAACAAAUAGCCGGGCUAGCUCAAUCGGUAGAGCGUGAGACUCUUAGUCGUCACGGCAUCUCAAGGUUGCGGGUUCGACCCCCGCGUUCGGCUUUUCUUUUUGCUUGAUGGUUCCCGGUUCCCUUUUUACUUUCUUUCUCUU